UCUUUACAAUGUGAUGUUAAUUAUUACUUGAAAACAGCACUGGGCCAAAUUCUAAUGUCACUGGAGUUCUAUAAACCUAUAAUAAUUCUGCUUAAGCAUUUGGCUUUCCUCCUGUGUAGUUGUGAUCAUAAUGCUGACAAAUAACAAGCAAGGUGGAGGGAGCCAGCAACUUUGGACCAAAUUGAGAUUGCACACAAAGCCUGGGUAAGACUUUCACCAAGUGCACUGAAGACAUGAAGUUAUCACAUUCUUCUCUGUAAUAUUCCUCCAAAGUGGACUUUGGUAAUCAACAACAGCAAUGCCAUCACCUGCCAUUUACAAAGAAAAUCUUGAUGUUAUAAUAAUGUUACAAAGGUGGAAAGAUAGAAGCUGGUUGGCUGAUGUUCUGUGGAAAGCUUAGCAGCAUGCUUUAUAUACUGCAAGAGAUGAGAGGGACCAGCUUCUUUUUCCAUUGCAAAAAUGAGCUCCAAUGUCUUCCCACUCUGCCUAGUGCUUCUAUUACACUUUCUUUAUGCUACUUCAGUCUCUGUAAGUAGAAACCUGACUUCUACAGGGUCCUUUCAGUACACAGACAUCUCAUACCUUAUAAUGGCUGUAUUUUACUCUCUUUCAGGUCAGGCACCUCUCCCGUGAAGAUGGUAAGUGCUCUGUGAGCUGUUUUGAGUUUUGAAGCAUUUUCAUCUGCUUGCUGUGUGCCACCACAUCUGAACACAUGAUGUUUUGUCUGUCUGGCAGCAGCGGAUUUUGAUGCUGGUGAUACAAUCAAAGACAUUCCAGAAAUAAACUUAGCUGCUGGACUGGACCUCUUUCAGGGUGAUAUCUUGCUCCCUAUCUGAAUGCCAAAGGAGUAAUUCUCCAGGCGUUUGAAAUGUUCCGUCUUAAGUCUUGCGUUGAUUUUAAGCCUUAUGAAGGAGAGAGCACCUUCAUAUUUUUUACAAAAGAGAGUGGGUGUUGGUCCCUAGUGGGGGACCAACAGACAGGACAGAGCCUCUCUAUUGGGGCAGGGUGUGACUACAGAGCAAUUGUGGAACAUGAGGUCCUGCAUGCUUUAGGAUUUUACCAUGAGCAGUCGAGGACGGACCGGGAUGACUAUGUGACGAUCUGGUGGGAUGAAAUUAUUGAAGGAAGAGAGCACAAUUUUGUGAAGUACGACGACAGCUCCAUCACUGACCUGAACACCCCCUAUGACUACGAAUCACUGAUGCACUAUCAGCCAUUUUCAUUUAACAAAAAUGAAAGCAUCCCCACAAUCACAGCAAAGAUACCAGAAUUUGAUAAUGUAAUUGGACAACGUCUAGACUUCAGUGCCAUUGACCUGGAAAGACUGAAUCACAUGUAUAACUGCACUUCAACUCACACUUUUUUGGACCAGUGUUCUUUUGAGAUUGAAAAUAUCUGUGGCAUGAUUCAGGGCACCAAAGAUGAUUUAGACUGGGUACAUCAGCAGAGCAGUGCUGCAGGGCAGGAAGACCACACACUUUCUGGGCAUUGCAGAGAUGCUGGCUAUUUCAUGUCCUUCAGCACCAGCUCUGGCAAGGCAGAUGAGGUGGCAAUCCUAGAGUCUCGAAUCCUUUAUCCAAAGAGAACUCAGCAGUGCCUCCAGUUCUUCUAUAAGACCACAGGAAGCGUUUCUGACAAGCUGGUUGUUUGGCUUAAAGAGGAUGAUGGCACUGGAAAUGUUCGCAAGUUGAGGAAAAUUCAAACUUUUCAAGCGGAUGAUGACUAUAACUGGAAAAUUGCCCAUGUAACCCUCAAUGCUCAGAAGAAGUUCCGUUACCUCUUCCAAGGAGUAAAGGGCAACCCUACCUCUUCAUCUGGUGGGAUUGCUAUCGAUGAUGUCACGCUGACAGAGACUCCUUGUCCCACAGCUGUGUGGAUCAUUCGGAACUUCAGCCAAUUCCUUGAAAACACAUCAAGUGAUGUUAUUCAAAGCCCCAGGUUUUAUAGCCCUGAGGGUUAUGGUUUUGGCAUAAGUUUGCAUCCCCACUCCAGAAUCAGUGGCUACAUUCGUAUUGCCUUUCACUUGUGCAGUGGAGAAAACGAUGGUGUUCUGGAGUGGCCAGCUCUGAACCGCCAAGCUGUGCUCACAGUGCUGGACCAGGACCCUGACAUCCUGAAAAGGAUGUCCUCAAGCAGAAGCUUCACCACAAGCGCAGAUGAUGUUAGCUCAGAUGGUAAUAAAACCUCAAUAUGGGAGAAACCAUCAAUUGUUGGGAGUUUUGAUGUGUCAUGCAAUUGCUAUAGGAGUGUGUCCCUGGGGUGGAAUAGCUUCAUAUCCCACAGCCAGUUAAGACGGAGAAGCUUUCUGAAAAAUGAUGACCUAAUUAUUUUUGCAGAAUUUAACGACCUAAGUCACCUCAGUAACACUGAAGUUCCUGUUGAAGCUGAACAAACUGCCUUCAGGAAAGGUCUCAUUCUUGAAAGGCAGGAGAGAGCAGCUCAGGACAUACAGCCCAUUGAAGACCAGCUGCCUUAUCUGCAAGACCCAUGUUACCCAAACCCUUGUCAGAAUGACGGAGUCUGUGUGAAUGUGAAAGGAAGAGCAAGCUGCAGGUGCCCAUCAGGACAAGCCUUCUUCUUUACGGGUGAGAGAUGUCAAUCAUGGCAGGUCCAUGGGAACAUCCUGGGACUGACAGUUGGUGGAAUCGCUGGAACCAUUGUCUUAACCAUCGUCCUCAUUUCUGUGAUGGUGAGAAGAUAAAGAGCUGUAGGAGGAUAAAUCACAGCCUGGUAUUAUUCCAUAGUUCAUGACACAUUGGGUUUCAGUGAAAAAUUAUGAAUACAGCUUGUCGAAGACCAGUCAGUGUAUGUAUGUGUGUAUGUAUGACAUAAGCAAAUAGCUGUUUACACUGUAACACUUCACAGUUCAAGAACAUUACGUAGAACUGUUGUAUAAUGAAAGUUCAUACACUGCCUUCCUUGUGUAUUCUUUGAAUGUUUCUUUUCUUCAUCCAAUAGGAAGCAGUCCAACAAUGCUGAGAGUCCAUGCAUUUACUCUCAAUGACAGUUCAAACUUAAAUAUUGGUAGAACCCCUCAAAACACUGGAAAAACUCACACAGAAGCACAUAUGUUAAGAUUCUACAAAUGUUUCUGCAGAAAUUGCUCAAGAAGUCCAUUUUGGGAAUGGAUGAAAGAUGCUAUGGCCACAGGUGAAGUGUAGUUUUGGGGAACUCCUGGAGCUCAAAUGAAAGUAAUCACCAUGGGUUAAUUGCAAAUACUGCACUCAGCCCAUGAGCUACAAGCUUAGGAAAAGUCAGGUGUUAAGCACUGAAGUCUUCUGUGGCUCCUCUCCCCAGG